AUGCCCUCUCUCUCCUCUCUCUCUGACGUCGCCCUACACGCCGUCUGGGCACACCUCCUGGGCGACCUCCAUGCCCAUGUCGCCGUCGCUCAGACAUGCAGAAGACUACGGGAUUUUUGCAACCGGCACGACGAUCUCUGGCGCGCCGCGUGCUUCACCGCUGGCUUUGGCCGGCCCCAACGCUCUCCAGUGGCCUUCGCGGACGAGGAGCCGCCCAGCUGGAAAGCCCUUGCUUGCGCAAUCGUCAAACACGCUUCUGACUGCGAGAUCGGGAGUUGCAUGCGGGCGAAUGCAUGCUUUGCACAGCAAUACAAGCACCUCCCAUACACUGGCCUGCGGACCCUCCACCCCUACCAGCUCGUCGAAUUCCACCCGCUGUACUUCUACCUCCACUUCUCGCAAUCAGCGCACGCUUCGCAAGGCGGCGGCCACAGGAGGUCCAUCUCCGCGCACUUCCCCACCCUCUCUCCUUCACCGUCUCCGCCGCCACCUGUCUCGAUCCCUGACGCGGUCUCGAUCCUGCUCACGCACAUGCCGACGUUCCCGGAAUGCCGCUACGCGCAGUACGGCCCGCUGUGCCGACACCCAAAUGCCUCGUGCGCGUUCGCGACGUUCCCCCCUGUGGAUCGCCUCGAGUUCGAGAACGCCGAUGGGGACGUCUUCAUGAUCGUCGAGAACACUGAGGGGUGCACCAUCCUGGAUGUGAACCGCGCGCUCGUGCAGCUAAUACCGGCCGACCAGUACCACCUGGAGGUGGCGUAUGAGCACUACCAGGAGCUGGCUCUGACGUCAGGACUCUCGCUGACGCAAUACGCAAGUGCAGUCGUACGUGAGAAGGGGUUCUUGGGGGAUCACGAGUAUCCAUUCCUUAAACAUAUCAUAAACUCGUUCUAG